GGGGGGCAGAAGACCCAGGCAAGCCGGCAGCCCCCGCCCCUGCGCCCCUCUCCGCGGCCCCCAGGCAGGGGGCCGGCCAGGUUCUCUCCCAGCCCGGGCUAGGCUGACGUCGGCGCGCCCCUGCCGCGCUCUUGCUUUACUACAGCCAGCCGGCGGCUUUGUGUGGGUCCCGUCCCUCCCCCAACUCCCCCCUCCUUCUCCGUGCCCACACCUUCCCGUUUAUAUAUAACGCGCUGCCGCUGCUGCUGCUGGGGCUUCGCAGCUGGCUGGGAGCGAGCGAGCGAGCGAGCGAGCUAGGAGAGUUGGCGAGAGAGGAGCCAGGGGGUGUGGGUGUAGAAGACAGACCAGGCUCCGGCGGAGGCUGUAGGGGCAAGCGGAGCCCAAGCCAGAGCCCUAGGGUCGGCUGUCGGGCACUGCCUGCCUUCUACCUUGCUCAAAGACCCCUCCGAGUCCGGCGGGAUCCGUGAGGGUUUCAGUUCCUCGGGGCAAGCUUGGUGAUCAAACUGGGAUCUAUGAGUGGCAAGGUGAUGAAACCCAAGGAAGAGAAAGAUGCUUCGAAGGCGCUGGAUGACGCUACCCCUGGCACACAGGAAUACAUUAUGUUACGGCAAGAUUCCAUCCAAUCAGCGGAAUUAAAGAAAAAAGAGUCCCCCUUUCGUGCUAAGUGUCACGAAAUCUUCUGCUGCCCACUGAAGCAAGUACACCUCAAAGAGAACACAGAGCCGGAAGAGCCCCAACUUAAGGGUAUAGUUACAAAGCUAUACAGCAGGCAAGGAUACCACCUGCAGCUGCAGGCAGAUGGAACAGUUGAUGGGACAAAAGAGGAAGACAGUACCUACACACUGUUUAACCUCAUACCUGUGGGGUUACGAGUGGUGGCCAUCCAAGGAGUUCAAACAAAAUUAUACCUGGCAAUGAACAGCGAGGGAUACCUGUACCCAUCGGAACAUUUCACCCCUGAAUGCAAGUUCAAAGAAUCGGUGUUUGAAAAUUAUUACGUGACGUAUUCAUCAAUGAUAUAUAGACAGCAGCAGUCGGGCAGAGGAUGGUAUUUGGGGCUUAACAAAGAAGGAGAGAUAAUGAAAGGAAACCAUGUGAAGAAAAACAAGCCGGCAGCACAUUUCCUUCCCAAACCACUGAAAGUGGCUAUGUACAAAGAACCAUCCCUUCACGAUCUCACAGAAUUCUCCAGAUCUGGAAGUGGCACACCCACCAAAAGCCGCAGUGUCUCCGGAGUGUUAAAUGGAGGUGGCAAAUCCAUGAGUCCUAAUGAAUCAACGUAGCCAGGUUAAGGCAAGUUCAAGUGCUCUAUACUGGAACCUUACCUCCGGAUGCAGUUGAAUUCUUAAUGGCGGUCUUUCAUCCAAAUGGCCAAUUUUAGAAUAAAAACCACCAAAUAUGCAUAGGUUUCCCCCACACCUUCCCUUUUAUCAGACACUAUAUUUACUGGCUAGCAGUGGAUAUAGCUCAGUAAUACAAAAUAUGAUAUGCUCAUGCAUAUCACAAGGCCCAGGUUAGCCGACAAAACCCAAUCUUUGGGGAAAAAAUUGGACAGUCAAUAUCCAAAUCCCCUUUUCCCAUAGCCUCUCGUCCCAUCCCAUCCCCCUGGGGUUACCUAUGCUUGGUGGAAAACCAAACCAAACCAAACAACACUUAACAGCACACACUGCUGAUAUGAAUUUGCUUUGUAACCAAGGGGGAAAAAAAGACCAUUUUUAUUCUUCAAGGGGAAUCUCAAAACUUUCCACUUUUAUUGGGUCAAACCAAUCAAUCCAACCAUUAAUCAGUUAUCUUGUCUUUUUUCUUUGCUUACUGUUUUAUAUCUAAGCUUGAUAAAACUCUUUCUUUAAUUUAGAAUAGCGCAACCUUUUCUUUUUUUAUUUUCAACUUCAAAUGGUUCUCUCGCUCUGCGUCUUUCAAAUCAAACUCUACUUCAGGGUUGGAACUGAGUCGGCAUCUCAGGCUUAAGUUUUCCGUGGUGAUUUUGACACAUGAUGAUCAAUACAUUUUUAUAGGUUUGUUUAGCCCCCUGGUCAAGUUUUUGUGUUGACCCUCAUGUGUAGAAAUCUUGUCACCCCCUGGUCAGUGGAAGAUAACAUUAAGGUUAACAGCAAUCCGCCAGUGUAGACAUAUGUAAACAUGUGCAAAACAAUUAUCGUGGCUUCUAUUCUAAAGACAGGAGCUGUGGAAUGAAGUGAUGUCGUGUAUUGUGUUGUCGUGGUGUUGUUUUUUCUUCUGAUGAGAACUGUCUUACUUGUAGAAGUCCUCCUGUCAAUGUAUUGGACCUAUGAUUAUUCUGUCUAUGGCAGUGUUAGGACAGGUUAGCUCUCAAAUGAAUAUACUUAUACUGCUACUGGAAAAGUGUUGCCAUUUACUUAGAUGUCCAUUAGCUCGCCCUAUCUGUUGCAUGGGAGAAAGUGGGAGUCUUGGCAUCGAGUUGCAUGACAUGUCUGAUUUAUGUGUAUUAAUCCUCGUUGAAUCUUGUGCUCCCAAACUGGGCGGAGCUUCUCUAGACAGUCAGCUGUCUGUCUUGUACAAAAAAGGCAUGUGUUAUCUCUUAUAAAUAUAUAUUUAUACACAUGCUCUGAAUAAACUAUUUCUAUUAAGAUGUCCUUUUCUAAACAGCUAGUUAACUGAGCAAAUGCUCUAUUUGGAUUCUAGAUUGGUAGCUAGUCUGUAACCACAUUUGGAGUUUUAGUCAUGUAAGGCAAGGGGAAAGAGUCCAUUCCCUCCCCGCCUUUUUUGAAUGGGUAUAAGGGUACUUUUUACCUGGAAACAGCUUGUGCUGUAAGAAGAGAAGAUAGUGAAUAACUAGAGAGGUGGAAUGGAGAUGUAGGCAAGUUUUUCUGGGCUCUAUGAGGGCCCAAGCAGCGUGCCCACGCAGGCACAUUUGGGAGGGGGCCCAAUCUAGCGCCUUCUGGCCUGUGGUCGCCCUCCUUACCCACUUAGCUCUCUUUGCAGGUUUGCCGGCUGGCUAAACCUGCCCAGUCAUCACCCUGGAGCUCUUGGUCUCUUUGAGCUUGGCCAGGAGGUGUGUGGAGGGGCUCUUCGGGGCAGCCUGACAAGCUUAGACAGCUAACCUGCUCAAUCACCCUGGAGCUUGAAGAAAGUUUGAGCUGGUCUGCAUCUGCAUCACUUUCUAAACCAACCAGUGGAUGCACGACCUGCUUUUGUUUCUGCCUGGGUUUAUGUGGGUUGAGGGAAGUAGCCCACUUCCUCGCUCCAGAAAACAGGAAUUUGAAGGCCAAAGUUACCUGGCCUCUACUAAGCUAUUGCUGCCCCUCAGUCAGCUUGAGUGUAAAGGUUUGAGUGAGCCAGGCAUUGUUCUGGCUCAGUGCGAGUCUUGUAAUACAGAAUCCCCAGACCAAGCCCAGCGCUUCAAAAAGAAUGCUUCCUCUGGAAGACCUUUCCAAAGGUGGCAGUGCUGAAGCUUGAUUACCAAGGUUUCCAAAACUCUGACCAACACACUGUGGGCACACACACUCUCACACAGUAGUCUAUAACAGCAUACUCUUCAUCUGCUUUCAACAUCACCAUCCCUACAUAGCGAACCUCUUCAUGUGCAUGGUACUGUCUUAAGCACCAUACAAAAUAUUAAAAACCAAAAAAAAAACAGAAAAUCAAACAAACAACAAAAAAAAAUCCCCAUUGCUUCCCUCAAGCAGCUUCUGCAUCUAUGAAGACAACACAAAUGUCCAGAUUUCGGGCUCUUUUUCAUUCACUCCUCUGGUUCCUAGUUGUGUUUACGCCAUGUGAGAAUGCACGCCUCAUCACCAAUGAGACCUAGAAGGAUGCCGCAGGAUUGGAAGGGAGGAGGAGGAGGGAACAUCUGGGAAGGACAAGUGUUUUUUUCAUAACUGCUUACUCAGUCUAGAAGAGUUUUGUGACCACCACUCCCCCCUGCCACACACAUAUACACCCUCAGCCCAGGACCAUAGUCCCACUAUUUGCCCUGGUGAUUUUUCUAAGAAAGGGUGUUCCGAAUUCAGGCAACCUUGACCCAAAGUUUCCAAACAUUUCCAAGCAUCCAUUAUUCAAAUAUUCAAAUGUGAAAUUUAAUUAGAGUCUCUAACCAUUUGUACUAGUCGUUAAUGGGUAUGAGAAGGGGGAUGAUAUAUAAGGGUGUGUGGACGAGUUAUUAAGUUCAUGGGACCCAACUAGAUCAGUCUGGUUGGAUAAUUUAGAGAGCAAGAAGACCUGGGGGAAGGGCAUGAAGAAACAAGUGGUCAAAAAGUAUUUCAGUUCCCAUUUUAAAUGAAGAAAUUCCAGGCCUUCUUGCCUUCAGAGAUCCAUUGUACUAGAGUUUGGUUAACAGAAAACCUUUCCCACAUCCCUACCAUUUUGCUUCUGUAAUUGUAAAUUUCAUUUACAGAAACACUUAAGUAGCUCACUGAGGAGAUGCUAGACAUUUGCAGCCAAAAUACAAAAACAUUUUUACAAUCCACGGUCUUGUGCAUUAGUGACUAUAAUUCCAUCCACAAAGAGCAAGUUCUCACAGUCUGUCUUGCCUAGCUUCAGUCUCCUAGAAAGAAACAUCUGGCUGCCAUACUGGACUCUCGUCCAAUGCCCACAGUGUGCCCCACCCCCCACCCAGUGUGACUCCCUUCGAGUUGUGCUGGGAACUCUCUAGCCCAUGCUGUAUUAACAAGAGAUGUUUCUAAGUGCUGACUGCCCCCUGGCAUUGAUGAAGAGAAUCCCAACCCUGCUGAAGUAGUGUUUUGGUGUUAAAUAUUUCAUUAUCUAUCCCAACUGGUCUUUUCCCCUAAUGUGUUAUUGCUUUGUAGAACUUUGUUAAAAUCUGUAAAAAUACUGUGGAAAUGAUAACCUGUAUGUCUUGCUAUAUGGUGUUGGUUUCUUUAGGACAAAAUGAAUCAGCUCUUACGCUGACUUCAAAGGAAUGCUUAAUGUUCUUGAUUUUUCUUGUCUCCUAUAUUCUAAUAAAGCAUCCAGAAGAGUACAUUAUAUUGUUAUGGAUUAUUCUGACUUCUCUUUUGAGUGUGUUUUGAGGAUGUUUGUAACACCUGUGUUCUGUCAUGGUGCAGUAAGGUUCUCAACAAAUAUACAACCUGGACCCGGUUUUCAAUCUCUGGCAUCAAAACCAAUUCACCAAAUUCCAAUCUGAUUUCUCUUCUUGCACCCUAGCUGAAAUAGACAGAUCCUCCACACUCAUAAAUUCCCAUCACUCCCCCGCCCCACCCCCUCAGGGCUCAGGGGAUGCUCAAGAUCUUUGGGAAUACCGCCAAAUAUUUGGCCAGAGGACCAGCCCAAAGGGAGCGUUGGAUGGUCAAGUAGAUGAAAGAGCUCCCUGACCUGUGAAAAUGCCCUUCUCUUUAUGGUAAUCCUGUACUCUAUGGUGCCCGGUAUUGGAAAAGGGCGACUGCAUGUGCCCAUAACAUGUCUAUUUGGUAAUGUAAAUAGUUGUGUGUACUCUUGUAAGAACUUGUUUUCAAUUUCUGUAAUGUUAUCAAAUACAGUAAGAAAAAAUGCAUCCAGGCUAGUGAAAAGCUCAACUGUUGUUGGUUAAUGGCCUGGCCUGUUGGCUCUGAGUGUAUGACUUUCUAACUGUCCAUGUUGCACAGUGAGUAACAGCAGCCUGAAUAAAGCAUUCAUUCAAAGACA